CUGGCGCAUCAUGUCGGGCUCAUCGCUUACUGCGGUAACCGGGAAUGACACACGUGACAGCGAUGGUGGCGCUAGAAAGCGCCCUCGCCACCUGUACCCCGAAUGCGCAAAGAAAGAUGGCGGCAAAUGUCAGCUGCUGCACCACCGACGUGACAUAAAUGAGGUCCUCUUUCACGCUGGCCUAGAGCUAUGUGAAGACGACCGAAGCCGGUGCAGCGGUGACGCCCGGCUUGCACUCGCUCGAACGGUCGAAUGCAGGUGUUACUACUGCAACCGCGACUUACCCGAAGACCCGCGUCAGAGCGAGUCGCUCAACCUCGCGGAACGUCUACUCUCCGAGCACCACUGCAUCACCGGCGUUAGAGUUGAGACGCGUCGCGAUACAACGCAGGUCACUGCGCGCGGCGCUUGAAAGCAGUGGCGGAGUGAAAGCUCUGACGAUCUGGGCGCAUCAGGGCAAAGCGGUGGACGACGGCGUCGCCGAGCUGACGGACACAUUUUCGCGGCUCGACGAGCUGAUUUUCGUGUAUUGCGACUCGUGCAGCAGGUGCGGAAUAACUAUUCCGGUGGCGAGCACGUUGCUCGAGGAGCACGUGGUGCACCUCACGACUCUGGACGUGGCUGACGUGGCAAUGACACGAGAGAUGGCUGCUCGAUUCACCGUGUCGCUGGAGCGAAGUGACACCGUUACUGACCUCACCGUCGGAAUGUACGUGAUUGCGCAUGACGACGGCAGGGACUUUCAGCGGUAUCUCACCAGCAAAGAUAACGGGCUAAAGAAACUUACGUACAGGGGCCUUUCGUAUACGAUGCUUCAGACUCAGAUCGACGCUCUGUGCACCAUGACGACCUUGGAGGAACUGACCUUCGACUAUAGCGAGGGGAUCGCAAAGAGCGUCAGAAGCAGCGCCGUGUUUGCCAAAUUAGUGUCACUGAGCCCCAGCUUACGCCACCUGCGGCUGCCCAAGACUACCUUCAAUGUGGAGACGCUCAGCGAGCCGCCCGCUAAUGCCGCUCAGUGCAUGGAACCCUGGAUCGCAGCCCUGGGAAAGAACUCGAAACUGAACGUGCUGCACAUCGACUUGCUGCCCUUCGGCGAACCGGAGUUUCAGUGCUUUCAUGGAAGCAGUCGCCGACAGCGACUCCCUCAGGUCCGUGGUCGUCCGACAUCUGCCAGCGACGGUUAAGCUCGACGUCCUGUGCAGGACGAUCCGGGAGCGCGGACUGAGGGAUCGUAUCGUCGUCGAGGACCAGUACUACUACUGUCUGGACAUGAACACGCUUCGGGAGUGCCCCGAAAUUGCCAACGUAACCAUCGUCGAGCCAUGCCACCUGCGCCUUGAGCGUCGCACGUACCUGGCGAGCGUACGCGCAGCGCUCGAAGCUCUCAGCAGUAUCCCUCACCGGAUUUCGCUUAGUGUGAACUGCUCCCGCUUCGAUAAUGCCACAUUCGCUGCGUUGACGUCGUUCAUACGAAGCCGCUCCGCGUUCACAGAUGUCGAGUUACAAAUGCAGUCUUGGUGGCACUCUGUUGGAGUCCGGCGGCAUCAGCAGGUGGCUAGGGCGCUGCUUUCUGCGGUUGCGUGUAACCCGCAACUCACCAGCGUAAGCAUACACGGACUGCCGCCGCCCAGCUACAACUGCUUGCACAUCCUGGCAGAGGGCGCUCGCCGCAAUCGAAACUUGGUUCAGUUUCGCCUAGUGCCGCUCUGCACUGGCACCAUUGGUUGUCUGCUCACGACGUGCAACACCCUUUGGUUUGAUCGCCGGCAGGGAGCGCCAAAGAAUGCGAACACCAUUCUGGCGGACAUACAGGAAACCACGAGAAGGAACGCAGGCCGUGUCUCGGCAGCGGCCAGCUUUGUUCUGCGCCGGCAAGACGGCGAAAACGGUGCACGAUACCUCGAAACGAUGCACGACCAUCCCCACCUCCUGGAACUCGUCCUGCAGGGCGCACAAGUUUCCAGUGACCAGGCAAAGGCGAUGAUCAGGGAAGCCUCGAGACAUGUGCGCUACUGCAGCGUCGUCGAGUUCAUGAGGCUGGCAGGGGUCGUCAAGUCCAAGGUCGAGUGCAUCAAUCCGCGCCUCACCGGUGUUCAGCUCAUCGACAUCGGAGAACAUUGCUGGCUGCAGAUCCGUCGAUAUGUCAAGCUCGACGACGUCGUGGCAGUUUGAGCAC